CGCCUGAGAAGAUGGCUGCUGCGUCUUCGUCGGAUUCCGACAGCGGCAGAGCUGAGAGCAGUGAAGCCAGUUCGAAAUGGCUGGAUGCACACUACGACCCCAUGGCCAACAUCCACACCUUUUCCGCCUGCCUGCAGCUGGCAGAUUUGCAUGGUGACGGGGAGUACAAGCUGGUGGUGGGGGACCUUGGCCCAGGUGGGCAGCAGCCCCGCCUGAAGGUGCUUAAAGGGCCCGCAGUGCUGAGCGAAAGCCCGCUACCUGCCCUGCCAGCCGCUGCGGCCACCUUCCUCAUGGAGCAACACGAACCCCGGACACCAGCGCUGGCACUCGCGUCAGGCCCUUGUGUGUAUGUGUAUAAGAAUCUCAGGCCCUACUUCAAGUUCAGCCUGCCCCAGUUGCCUCCAAACCCCCUGGAACAGGACCUUUGGAACCAGGCCAAAGAGGACCGGAUUGACCCCCUGACCCUGAAGGAGAUGCUGGAGGGCAUCCGGGAGAAGGCAGAGGUGCCUUUGUCUGUACAGUCACUCAGGUUUCUGCAGCUGGAGCUGAGUGAAAUGGAGGCAUUUGUGAACCAGCACAAGUCCAAGUCCAUCAGGCGGCAGACAGUCAUCACCACCAUGACCACCUUAAAGAAGAACCUGGCUGACGAGGACGCUGUGUCCUGCCUGGUGCUGGGCACUGAGAACAAGGAGCUCCUGGUGCUGGACCCAGAAGCCUUCACUGUUUUGGCCAAGAUGAGCCUACCCAGCGUCCCCGUCUUCCUGGAGGUUUCUGGCCAGUUCGAUGUGGAGUUCCGUCUUGCUGCUGCCUGCCGCAACGGGAACAUCUAUAUGCUGAGAAGAGACUCCAAGCGCCCCAAGUACUGCAUCGAGCUGAGUGCCCAGCCUGUGGGGCUCGUCCGGGUUCACAAGGUCCUGGUGGUGGGCAGCAACCAAGACAGCCUGCAUGGCUUCACCCACAAGGGUAAGAGGCUGUGGACAGUGCAGAUGCCCGCGGCCAUCCUGACCAUGAACCUCCUGGAGCAGCGCUCCCGGGGCCUGCAGGCCGUCAUGGCCGGACUGGCCAACGGAGAGGUCCGCAUCUACCGCGACAAGGCCCUGCUCAGCAUCGUCCGCACGCCGGAUGCAGUGACCAGCCUUUGCUUUGGCCGCUACGGGCGGGAAGAUCACACCCUCAUCAUGACUACACGAGGUGGUGGCCUGAUUAUCAAGAUCCUGAAGCGCACAGCAGUGUUUGUGGAGGGGGGAGGUGAAGCAGGUCCCCCACCAGCCCAGGCCAUGAAACUCAACAUGCCCCGAAAGACCCGGCUUUACGUGGACCAGACACUGCGAGAGCGGGAAGCCGGCACCGUCAUGCACCGGACCUUCCAGGCAGACCUCUACCUGCUGCGCCUCCGGGCCGCCCGUGCCUAUGCGCAGGCCCUCGAGUCCAGCCUGAGCCCCGUGUCUGCGACGGCGCGGGAGCCGCUCAAGCUGCACGCUGUGGUUCAGGGCCUGGGCCCCACCUUUAAGCUCACCCUUCACCUGCAGAACACCUCAACAGCCCGACCCAUCCUGGGGCUGCUGGUCUGCUUCCUGUACAACGAGGGGCUCUAUGCUCUGCCCCGGGCCUUCUUCCAGGUCCCCUUGCUGGUGCCAGGGCUCAACUACCCCCUGGAGACCUUUGUGGAGAGUCUUAGUGACAAGGGCAUCUCAGACAUUAUCAAGGCAUGUCACUCUGCUGCUGCUGCAGAAUUGGCUGGGGCCUUGCCUGAGACAAUCAGAGGCUCUUCUUGGGUGAGACUGAGCCCCCUGUUGCUCCCUGGGGUUCCAGAGGCUUGGCUCCUCCCAGCUCAGCUUGCAGACAAAACACAUGCUCUGAUCUCCCCUCGUGAGCUCAGCAGGGGGCCCCGGGAAUAGCUGCCUUCCCACCGGAAGUCUUGGGUUCAGCCAAGGUCUCAGGCCUGUGAUGCUCCGUGAAGAUCACCAAGGGAGAAGCUGCUGCGGGGGGCAGAGAGCGCCGUGCAGGAGCUAGUGGCCCCAGCCCCCACCAGGCUUCUGAAGACCACACAGCUGCUGCUCCUGACUUGGAUGCUCGUGCCCAGAAAGCAUCCCAGGAGAGGAAGGCUCAGAGAGACAGAGCAGAGGUGGGGCCGCGGCACACAGGAGGGGCGUCUCUGGGGUCCUGGGGAGGGGCUUUGGGAGGCAGAAGCCUAGAACUGCCAGUCAAGAUGCUCUUCUGUGCCCCGGAGCCCAGAUCGGUCAGGUGAGUGGCAGGUUCACUGGGCAGUGGCCACAGUGUGAGAUUCACUGGAAAGGCAUGGACCAUAGGUGUUGAGUCAGGUUGAAGACUGAAUGAAGGUACAUGUUUAGGCCUUAAGCAUCAGAGACCCACAGUCUGGGCCCUUGGUGCUUCCUGGAGCCCCCUGGCUAGUCUGCCUGGCCCGCCUCACAGCCUUCUUUUGAGUUAGCGCUACCAGGGCCGCCCUGAGCCAUUUGUGAGCCAGGAACCCUACUGCCUGAGGAAGGACCUAUAUCUUCUGUCUGACCAGGUACAGGCUAGCAUGUGGCAGACAGCUCAGGCUUGUGGGAAGUACCCAAAUCCCUGUGUGUUUCAGUUUCCCCAAGCGUAAAAUGAGGCAGUUUGACCAGAUUCAGCUCUAACAUCCUAGAGUUGGCAGCCCCUCUAGAGGAAACAAGGAGUCAACUCCAGAAAGUAAGUGCAGGACUAAGUGCAGAGCUUUUGCUCUUGAGACCAAGGGCCCCAAGCCGAUUGAUUCUGCCGGGCAACAGCCUCUGUGCUGGAGACAGUGAGGGACAGCCCACAGUCACCCCCUGUCCUCCCCAGGGAAUGCAUUCUGGGGCCAGGUUAAGAGAAGCAAGGGGACUGGACCAGAGAAAGAGCCCCAUCCCCCUCCUCUCUGCAGAGUCCAGCCACUCGCAAACAAACCAAUUGGAUCAGGGUGGUCUAGACUUUCUAGAUCGAGCUGACUGAGGCACAGUUGGAAUAAGCAGGACAUUUCGUCUGGAAAUGGAAAGACAGGUAGAGCGAGUGUCGCUGUCAGAGAGAUUUCAGCUUAACCUGAAGAGUCUUCUGAGACAGCUUAUCAGAGAUGGAAGGGCCUGCCCUAGCAGGUAUUGGGCCCCUUGUCACUGGAGCUGUGGCACUGGGGCUGGGCCAGAUGACCUCACAAUCCCUUUCACCCCAGUGAAGUGAUGAACUGUGUGAACAAAGAAGUCUGAUCUGGGUUCAACUCAUAGUUAUUCAUGAUGAUGAAAGCGGAGAAACUAUUCCUAAGCCCAACCUAACGUGAAUUUAUAUGAUAUAAUACAAUGUACCUAUUAUUAAAAAAUAUGUGAAUUGUACUGGUCUGGACAGUGUAAAUAAAGCAAUACAAAGCAAGAAA